AUGUUUUGCUAUGCACUUUUACUAUAUCUCGUUUCUCUAUCCCACUGCAAUCUCCAGGACCAAUUUCCAGAAAUUCAAUGGACAGACUUAGAUGCAACAACAACCAUAACAACCCAACCAAUCACUAAUAAUCUAACUACAUCCCUCUUAUACAAGACCAACCCACAACCACAUAUUUACACAAUAUCAACGCUAGAAGCACUACAAUCCUCAGCCCACAUUACAAAACUAUCAAAUACCAACAACUUAUUCUAUAUCAAAUCAACUCAGAGUUCACUACAGUACGAUUACCAACUCAACUACUGGACCUUACUCACCACAACCAACACCAGCUCCGGCUCCAACUUCAACUUCGACGCCAACACAGACUCUAUUUCAAACUCAUCUUCCCCAUCUCCACCAACACAACCACAUUCAUGGAUCCCCAUCACAUCAUGCCUCGAACUGAUACACGGUAGCGGCGGCUACUUAAGCCGAUACAUAACAAUCUACCUCGAAACAACCAUGGAUCAAAUUGGCGAAGUGACACUAGGUAUCCCACCAGUGUACUUCUCCAUUGGUACUAGUCUAGCCGUGGGGAAAAGAGUUGGUUUAUCAAAGUUAAACACGCUAUUAUUCAGUUGUUCAAUAAAUCCUGGUGAAGUAGCUCAAUUUUAUAUACGACCUAGUUUUAUUGAGAUUCCUAAUUUGAAAUGUCGUUGGUACAAAUUGAAGGGGAAAAAAUUGCAUUAUGUUGGAUUUAAUGUUAUCAAACUGUUUAAAAUGCUUGUUGUUGAUACUCCUGAACAUCAAUGUUGGGUAUCGAGAAAUAUUAAUGAUCUACAAUGUGGAAAAACUUUUGAAGAUAAGGUUACAAUUCAUCUAUAG